AAGAAAGAGAAACAGUAGAAGAGAAUCCUAGAGAUGAAAAAGAGAGUUCGUCUUCGUGCUGGCUGGUUAUCUUCGUAUAAAAGAAGAUAGAAACACACAGACAGAACAGAGAUAAAUAUUACCUCACUGCUCAUCUUUUGUUUUCAUAUUCAAAGAAAAGAGAAUCAAUAAACGAGAGAAAUAGAAGAAACCCAAAAACUAGAGGGGGAACGAUGGAAGGAUUGUGUUGCUCUUCAGAUUCAUCGUUGCAAAAAGCAGCUAGUACAAGAGAAAGAGAGAAACGUUAUAGAGGAAUAAGGAUGAGGAAAUGGGGAAAGUGGGUUGCAGAAAUUAGAGAACCAAAUAAAAGAACAAGGAUUUGGCUAGGUUCAUAUUCAACUCCAGUUGCUGCUGCAAGAGCUUAUGAUACGGCUGUUUAUUAUCUAAGAGGUCCGUCGGCUAGACUUAAUUUUCCUGAAUUUGUAAUUGAUGAAGAUAAUAAUCAAUUGCUUCUUCAUCAUGAUAAUAUGUCUUCAGCUUGGAUACGUAAAAAAGCUACUGAAGUUGGUGCUAGAGUUGAUGCUAUAGAAACUGGUUGUGUCCCUUCUUCUGGACUCAACGUUUCUCGCCGUGGUGGUUCGUUGAAACCCGAUUUAAACGAAGCACCGCAGCCAGAAAAUUCAGAUGAAUAAUGUUAAACCAUGUGAUCAUUAUUCUCAUUAAUUUGAUGAUUUAUCUUCCUAGGUAUAUAUAAUAUAUAUUAGUUAUGGAUGAUGAAAAUUGUGAGAUAAGUAUAUUAAGUUGCGUCCAAGAAUAUAUUCUGGCGUCAAUAAUAUCAAGUUUUGUUAUUAUUAUUAGUUUUUCGAUUCCAUAUAUCUCUUUUUAUUAGAAAAUCGUUACAGAUUCGAAAUCUUGAACAAUUAAUUCAAUCUCUUCUUGUCGAUAUUUUUCGUUUUUAUGUUCUUGUCGAUUGCUUUGAGGUUAAAGUGAUUAACGAAGACAGACGUCGACUAAACGAAAAGAUAAAAGAAUAUGAAUCACUGAGCUUGUAUUUGCUAGGAACUGUGGAAGAUGGCAUGCUUGUGUGGUCCAUUGAAGACAAAUGAUUGUCUUGGAGGCUCAUGGGGGUCCUCGACCGUCGUAUAUCUCCAAGAAAGUUCUACCUUUUUCUUCUUCUUUUUUUUGGUGGGGGUGAUAUGAAUGUGUAUAUAUGGAAGAAGAACUGUCAUGGACACUGUGAUGGUGGGUAUUAGUUGUUUAGCUGUUUUUAGCCUGAGAGUAGGUUUCAUUUCCUUUACUUAAUUGAAGUUGUAAAUUCUCUAUGUUAUGUGGGAGUUGGGACCAAAAUUGUAAGAAUAAGCAGAAAGAGCUGGGACUGGGAGGACUAGUUUUUCCUGUCUUGAUAUUGAGUUCAUCAUACUAUUCUUUUGUCG